AUGGACAACGAGAAGUUAUGUCUGCAAACCAGUUUAGAAAAGACUCCUGGACACCGGACCGCGCAUCGACGACGCCGACAAAGCGGAAACGUUUCAGAUGGAGUGCCAGCGCUUGCAGUUGCCGAGGGUCAGGCGUCACCGCGAGUAUCAGUGGCCAAGCUCGUGAGGCGAUCCCCGACGUCGAGUCGUAGGCUCUUUGCCGGCGAAAAUGCUCAUGAUAGGCACAAAAAUGAGCCUUGCUCACAUCCUAGAGGCAGGAAAGCUUCUUGUCAAGAUAAAUCUUCGUCAAAUUUCCUUCAUAACUACACACCCGUUCUAUUCCGGAUUCUUCUCCACAACAAAAGACCCACCUCUCCUUGACGUACGACUACACUAGACCGUGGAAUCUGAAAUGUAUGAUUGGAGAAGCUGCCUAUUCUUUGUGAGGCCUUGCUCGUUCUGAC